AGUGACAGUUGUAGAAUAACAACUAAAAUCUUUAUCGCGCGAGUUUUUUACAACUAAUUAUUAUCGAGUGAGUCAUUCUUUAUCAGUCCUUUUGUCAAUUGAUAUUUCAUUUAGUUUUUACGCACUUAAAAAAUAGAAUCAGGUUAGUUAUCUAUUUUCAGUUGUUAAUUAAUGCAAUUUAUAAAAAAUAUGUCGCUGUAUCCGAGUUUGGAAGAUAUGAAAGUUGAUCAAAUGGCCAAUGCCCAAUACAAUCAAAUCCAAAGAAAUAUCGCGGCUGCACCAGCUAGUGCUCCACCACCGUAUAACUACCCUAAUUUUAAUUCAAUGCCUAUUCCCGCUAUUGCCGCUCCCGAUUCAUCUGGGCAGCAGUUAUAUCCGCAUUUAGGAGAAUACAUGGGGCUGGAAUUAAGCGAAGCGGUUAUUGCGGAGAAUAUGCCUGAAUAUACACAAGUUGCAUUACAACAACAGAACGUUCCUCAAACAACGUCAACCGGUUUGAUAGCUCCGAUUUCGGGACAAUCCGUAGGGCUUAAAAGGGCACAAAUAACCCACGGCGUUCGCCAACUAAUACUUUGUAAAGAUAAAGACGGGAAAGUUGGUGUACGCGUUAAAGCCAUAAACAAAGGUAUAUUCGUCAGCAUCGUCGUGGAUAAAUCCCCAGCGGCGCUAGCAGGACUCAGAUUCGGCGAUCAAAUUUUACAAAUAAACGACGAAAACGUAGCAGGAUAUUCAAUGGAUAAAGUUCAUUCGUUGUUUAAAAAUAGUCCUGUAAACGGGAUCAAAGUUACUGUGAGAGAUAGACCAUUUGAAAGGACCUUAACUCUACACAAAGACAGCGUGGGAUGUUUAGGGUUCCAAUUUAAGCAUGGGAAAAUCACUACGAUCGUUAAGGAUUCAUCUGCUGCCAGAAAUGGCGUUCUCAUCGACCAUCAACUAUUGGAAAUAGACGGACAGAACGUUGUAGGAUUGAAGGAUAAAGAAAUCGCUAAUAUUAUUCAAAAAGCAGGACCGGUUGUAACCGUAACUGUGAUACCGUGUUUCUUGUAUGACCACAUGAUAAAAUCGAUGUCUGGAUCCUUGAUUAAAGAUAUCAUGGAUCAUUCUAUACCAUCAGUUUAAUUAAAUCCCCUUGGUAAUCGACAAUUAGAAUAUAUUUGUAUCUUCAAUGUUUUAUGUUAGUAGAUAUAUUUUUAUAACCACCCUAUAUAUAUAUAUAUAUAUAUAUAUAUAUAUAUAUA